GGAAGAUCUGGAGACAGUCUGUGCAUUUGCUACAUUGUACUCUUGCUCCGUUGACUUGGACACUAACAAGUGAGAGACUCUAAAGCUCGCCAUACCGGUCAAAGUUUCCUGACGAACGAAAGGAGAGCAUCUCGCUUCUGUGGCCUCACGCAAUUACCCCGCACUUCACCACCACCUUACAAGAUAAUCUUAGAGUGGUCCUUAGUGGUCUCGUGCAUACUCAGAAGAAGGCGCAAUGAGCUCAUCAUCCAUCUCAAUAUGGCGCCCCUCGAUGAUACCAUCCCGGAGACACACUUCGACGGUUUCAACAUCCACCGCACAUCCUCAAGCCUGGAAACACCCAAUCCUCGUCAAGUUACAAGGCGGCGUUCUGGUAAGAUAAGUGUCCAACUUUUAAACAAUACUCCUUCGUGAGAG